UCGCUACGACCCUUUCAAACCACUGUCAUAAACCGUGCACAAAUGUCAUUUAUCUCAUCGCAACCAAGAAGAAGAUCUGUUGAAAACAAACUAGCAUUCUUUAAUUUUAACAAAUCGCCAAGUUUUGUUUGCUUCCAUCGACGCAAACUCGUGUUUUUUUAACUUCCCUUACCGUAGAAGAUAUCCAUCAAAACUAAAAUUUAAACAAAGUGCGUCCACAUGCAGCUUUUCAAUACAUAAAAACACACGGAGAUAAAGAAAACAACCCCCCGGAAUGGAAGUUGAUAUGAUACAAAAGCCUGCACUGGCAGUUGAACCACCGGAUGCCAAUUUCGAUCCAGAGCUAACGCCGGAAACCGGCGAACAGUAUUUACAGAAGGUGAUGUAUGAACGGGGCAAAUGUCCAGUGGUGGUUGUUGCCGAAAAACCACAAUCUUUUAACCCACAGAAAACCCUUUCCGGACUGGGUGCCCUUCCAACGGAUGAGGUUAAAAACAUAGCACACCGUGCAUUGAUACCGACAAGGGAAUGGGAAACGAUGCAAAAUCAAAAGUUCUCCGAACUGCGUGACACCAUCACAUCGUAUCGUAGCAGUGCACAGUAUCAGGAAAACCUGCAGCGAACGCACGUAUACCUCAACUUUGACGAUCGCAAACAUCUGCACGAAUACUGUGCCAACAACCUGCCGUACGUGAGCAUUUUGCUCAGCAUUCCGCAGCGAAAUCUGGAGAUUUUGCUCGAAUAUCUGCACGAAUGGUUACAGGAUUCGGAUCAGGCUUCGUCGAACGCUUCACAGCAGCUGGACGAACCGUCCGACCCGGAACUGUGUGAUACGGCGGCCACAACGAUGACUCCGUCCACUAACAGCAAGGAACUGCACCGUGGUGAAGGCUACCGCAGGGAUUGGAUACCGCAGUGGAUUUACGCGAUACUCGCCUGCCUGAUCAAACCGCUGGAACCGUACAUUCAUAGCGUGCUGCGGGAUAUUGCUAAAACAUGCAUCGCACUGCGCAACGAACUGAAGCAAGAGGAUGAAGCGAAAGUGUUGCCGCUCAAUCUACUGAUUAGCAUAAUAUCGAAGCACUUCAAUCAAUGCGAUUUGGGCGAUAACAUUGCUUGAGGAUCAGAACUGGAACGUCGAAAAUCUCCGCCUGCUGCACGGAAGAUGCUUCGUGAUUGUUUUUAUUACUUCUAUUCCUAUACAUGGUCGAAUAUUAAGCGAACCUUAAAAUGAAGCGAUUCGUACUCAACACUCGCCGUAAGUUAUAAAAUUAUUCAUUUCCCAUGUAAAUUAUCACAUGACCGUUCAGUCGCAGACUGCUGUUGUCUAUGGAAA